CGUGGGGGCUGGGGAACCAAUGAGCUGCCGGGAAAAGGCUGGAAAAAUAAUUACCUGCCUUGAUUGUUCUGUGAGCAGAUAAAAAGUACAUAUACAGUUCAUACAAUAAUCUUAUGUAUGUAAAACCCUGUUACGAUGUCGGCGACGGGGCCCAUCAGUAACUAUUACGUGGACUCGCUCAUCUCUCACGACAAUGAAGACCUCCUAGCGUCCAGGUUUCCGGCCACCGGGGCUCACCCUGCCGCCGCCAGACCCAGCGGCUUGGUGCCGGACUGUAGCGAUUUUCCGUCCUGUAGCUUCGCGCCCAAGCCGGCUGUAUUCAGCACGUCGUGGGCGCCCGUGCCCUCGCAGUCGUCCGUGGUCUAUCACCCUUACGGCCCCCAGCCCCACCUCGGCGCCGACACGCGCUACAUGCGGACUUGGCUCGAGCCGCUGUCCGGCGCCGUCUCCUUCCCCAGCUUCCCGGCCGGGGGCCGUCACUACGCCCUCAAGCCCGACGCCUACCCCGGGCGCCGCGCGGACUGUGGCCCGGGCGACGGCCGCAGCUACCCGGACUACAUGUAUGGCUCGCCCGGGGAGCUGCGCGACCGCGCCCCGCAGACGCUGCCCUCGCCCGAGGCGGACGCUCUGGCCGGCAGCAAGCACAAAGAGGAGAAGGCCGACCUGGACCCUAGCAACCCCGUGGCCAACUGGAUCCAUGCCCGUUCCACAAGGAAGAAGCGCUGCCCCUACACCAAGUACCAGACGCUGGAACUGGAGAAGGAGUUUCUCUUCAAUAUGUAUUUAACCAGGGACCGUCGGUACGAGGUGGCCCGUGUUCUCAAUCUCACUGAGCGGCAGGUCAAAAUCUGGUUUCAGAACCGGAGGAUGAAGAUGAAAAAGAUGAAUAAAGAGAAAACCGACAAGGAACAAUCCUAAGCCCUGCCCCAGCCUGCUGCCUCGGCACAGCCAAGGGAAACACAAAACCCCCACAAAAAUGCCCCAGCCCAGGCGGGAGAAAGCACGAAAAGAAAAGGAAAGAACAAGAUAGAGAAAAGCCCACCGUCUUAAAAAGAAAAAAAAGGAAGGGGAAAAUGCAAACUCUUGCGAUGUGGGAGGGUUAAGUGUUAAGAAAUUGGUGUUUAGAAUUAGUUCUAUCCAUCGAGGAGGAGGAGGAGGCAGGAGAGAAACUAAG